GUGAGUGCGCUUGGUUGGAAGCUCAGUCUGGCCGUCCGAGUGCUGACAACACCACUGCGCUCUCCUGUUCUCCUCUCCUGGUUACCAGUGUGUGUGUGUGUGGAGAGCCAUGGGUGGAGGAAUGAGCAAGAUUGUAGAUGGUUUAUACCUGGGAAACAUUAGAGAUUCUGAAGACAAGGCUACAUUGAACAGGAAUGGGAUUACGCAUAUUGUGUCCGUUCAUAACAAUGCAAAGCCGGUUCUCCAGGAAAUGACCUAUCUCUGCAUAUCAGCCUCUGACUCAUCCAGCCAGAACCUAAUUCAGCAUUUUAAGCAGUGUAUCAAGUUUAUUCAUGAGUCUCGACUUCAUGGAGGUGGCUGUCUUGUGCACUGCUUGGCUGGAGUAUCUCGAAGUACAACUAUGUUGGUUGCCUAUCUCAUGACAGUUACAAAUUUUGGCUGGGAUGAGUGUCUGUCUGCUGUGAGGUCUGUCAGAUCCUAUGUCGGGCCAAACUUUGGCUUUCAGCAGCAGCUCCAGGAAUAUGAAAUGACAUUAGUUAAAGAGUAUAGGGUAUGGCUGCGCCAGGAAUAUGGGAGAAAUCCCUUUAAUGACCAGGACAAGGUGCAACAGUUAAUAGCACAGCAAGAGGAAAAGGAGCAGCUGAGGCAAGUACAGAACAAAUGGAUUAACCGUUCUGAAACAGACUAUCCACUCCCAUACAAAGCCUAUGGAUCCAGCAACAGAUGGACCAAUAUAUAGACAGCCGUGCAAGGCUGUUUCUUUGCACUGCAAGUUAACCACUCAACCACAUUUGGGAUUAGCCCCUUAGCUGCUUAUAUAGAGUGGGACUCUGAUUUUGGGAUAUUUGUUUGGCUGCUGAAUUGAAGUCUACGUCAGCAUAAUAGGUCUCAGUCCUUCUCACUGUUCAAAUGCAAAAACUCCCUUGUAGCUAUGGGGGUUGAUACGAUUUUUUUCAGUUGUCUUUGGAAAAGGAUUAUUUAGCCCAGAGUUUUCUCAUAUACAUUAUGCACUGGUCUUCUAAUGCACUUUUAUUGACUAACAUGCUGUGUUUGGCGUUUCCUGAGAGAUAAUAAAAUCAUUUUGAGCUCUGAA